AUGGACUCGGGCCCCUUCUGCAUCUGGAGCGUCACAGGCGCAGAGGAUGCCAGGCUGCAGGCAUUUCGCGGGUUAAAGCAUCGGAAGCUGCCUGCGGACAUUGUCCUGGCAGAAGGUUAUGAUGCAGUUCUAUUGCUCUUAACGAGCCAGCAUUCCUGUAAAGAAGUGCUGCUGCAGCCUCACAUGGAGUCGGAAGUCCAUCGAGUUCUUCGGGGGCGUCCAGCAGAUGUGGGAAGAGCUGGGCCUUCCAGCAUCCUCAGUAGUAGCAUUGAGGUCAUCGAGGAAGUGACGGAGAUCCGUUUGGGAGCUGGCAGGGCGAAGUUGGCUUUCGCUUUGGCAUACCGCCGAAGGGCCCCUGCAAGGCUGCAUUCCGUACUUCCAGGACUCGCAGUCAGCUCAGCACCACUGCGCCUGAUCAUUUUGGAUGGCUUAACGGAUGCGGCGAAUGUGGGAACUCUCUUCAAGGUCGCGGCAGCAUUUGGCCUCUCCGGCGUGCUGUGCUCGCCUGGCUGUUGCGACCCUUUCAGUGCGCGGGCGGUUCGCGUCUCCGGUGGGCAGGUCUUCAGUAUGCCCUGCUAUCAGGGAGACCUUCCAGAGGCCCUGCGCCUUCUUCGUGCUGAAGGUGUGCUGACAUUGGCUGCGGUGGUACAAGAGGGUGCAGUCUAUUUUGACGAGGUACAAGAACUCCCACGACGAUGGGCCAUGGUUCUUGGGUCAGAGCACUUUGGUGUUGAGACAGCUGUGCGCGAAGCCUGCGACAAGUUGGUCAAAAUCCGGAUGGCCAGUGGUGUGGAUUCCUUGAAUGUGGUGAUCUCGGGCGGUGUUCUGGUUCACGGCUGUGUAGAGCGUGAAUCGCGAGCAUGA